GGAAGCCGGGAGGGAACUAGGGCGGAAGGGGACCUGGGCCGGGGUUGUGUUCGGAUCCUUGGCGGGGCUGAGGUUCCGAUGUGGUCCCCGGAGCGGGAGGCCGAGGCCCCGGCCGGGGGAGACCCGGCGGGCCUCCUGCCCCCCGAGUGGGAGGAGGAUGAGGAGCGCAUGUCCUUCCUGUUCUCAGCCUUCAAGAGGAGUCGCGAGGUGAACAGCACCGACUGGGACAGCAAGAUGGGCUUCUGGGCGCCGUUGGUGCUGAGCCACAGCCGCCGCCAGGGGGUGGUGCGCCUGCGUCUUCGGGACUUGCAGGAGGCCUUUCAGCGCAAGGGCAGCGUCCCGCUGGGGCUGGCCACGGUGCUGCAGGACCUGCUGCGUCGAGGGGAGCUGCAGCGUGAGUCAGAUUUCAUGGCCAGUGUAGACAGCAGCUGGAUCUCCUGGGGGGUUGGAGUCUUCCUGCUGAAGCCCCUCAAGUGGACUCUUUCUAACAUGCUGGGGGAUAACAAGGUUCCAGCUGAGGAGGUACUUGUGGCCGUGGAGCUGCUCAAGGAAAAGGCUGAGGAGGUUUACCGCCUGUACCAGCACUCGCCCCUCUCCUCCCACCCUGUGGUGGCCCUGUCAGAGCUGAGCACCCUCUGCGCUAAUUCCUGCCCAGACGAGAGGACCUUCUACUUGGUGUUGCUGCAACUGCAGAAGGAGAAGAGAGUCACUGUCCUCGAGCAGAAUGGGGAGAAGAUUGUGAAGUUUGCCCGGGGGCCACAUGCCAAGGUGUCUCCUGUCAACGAUGUAGAUGUUGGGGUCUACCAGCUGAUGCAGAGUGAGCAGCUUCUCUCACGAAAGGUGGAGUCCUUAUCCCAGGAAGCCGAGAGGUGUAAAGAGGAAGCCCGCCGGGCAUGCCGAGCAGGAAAGAAGCAGUUGGCACUGAGGUCUCUCAAGGCCAAGCAACGGACAGAGAAACGCAUUGAAGCCCUACAUGCCAAGCUGGACACUGUUCAAGGCAUCCUGGACCGCAUCUAUGCCUCCCAGACAGAUCAGAUGGUUUUCAAUGCCUACCAGGCGGGGGUGGGAGCCCUCAAGCUCUCCAUGAAGGAUGUCACAGUGGAGAAGGCAGAGAGCCUUGUGGAUCAGAUCCAGGAGCUGUGUGACACCCAGGACGAAGUUUCUCAGACUCUGGCUGGUGGGGUAACCAAUGGUUUAGAUUUUGACAGUGAGGAACUGGAGAAGGAAUUGGACAUCCUCCUUCAGGACACCACCAAAGAACCUUUGGACCUGCCCGACAACCCCCACGAGACGCUUUAUACCAACAGUGUGCCUAACCCUAGGAUCUCGGAUGCUGAACUUGAAGCUGAACUUGAGAAACUGUCCUUAUCAGAGGGAGGUUUGGUCCCAAGCAGUAAAUCUCCAAAAAGGCAAUUGGAACCAGCUCUCUAAAGCCAUUGAAGGACCCUCAACGAAGGACCCUCAUGUAAAAGAGAGACCAGCUUUGUGCGUGUACAUAGUAAUUUAAAUGAGAAACAUUCAGAAUUUAUUGGAAGAGGAGGAAGGAGAACCACUGAUGUGUCUGGAGGCUCCCACUUACAACAGGACAGAGAAUUUCUGGAAGCGAUGCUCCAAAGCCUUGCUCCAGCUCGUAUCAUGGACCUGCCUUCUCAUCUUUAUAGUGCCACAAUUUAUACAGUUCUGUGUUUGACCUGUCGUCUCAUAGCCUGCAGUUCUUGCCGUUGGCUCAGUUAGGUUUGUCUUCACCCGCCAGCUGCAUUCCAGCCCAUGAAGGUGAAAGUUGUGCAGCUCCGCCAAAUCAGUCAGUCCUCUCCCAGCCCCGUGGUUUUUGAGAGGGAUUUAUUCUGUCKUAAUGUCUGUUAAACAGCUUAUUCCUGCCCUAUUCUAUUUUCACUGGUGAUGGAAAUGAAAAUCAGACACAAGAUUUAUUUGGGGGGACUUAAUAGCAGCUGCUUCGUGGAGAAACACACAGUGUACAAAAUUUCUUUCCCAGGGUUGUCAGAUUCUCCA